UCUUUCGUUUUGAAAAUUCAGGUACCUGGAGAGAAUUAGAAAGUUAAGAAAUUACUUUGAACUGAACCUAGAGAUAGUUCAUGCUAUUGUUAAAAUAAUCUAAACGAUGUGUACCGCAUUUCUCAGAAGUGGUUUGAGCUGGUGUUUGAAAGAGAUUUUGAGGAUAUAUGGAUAUAUACCGAGGGAGUGCUCAAAAUUAUCACAAUUAGAAAAAGAUUUCGGAUUGAAAAACGCCGUGACAAAAGGAGACUUAAAUGGAACUCUGAGAUUGUUGAGAAGAGGGGCGAAUGUCCACAAGGAGGACCUAAUGGGCUUCACUUCUUUACAUCAUGCUGUUCUAUAUGGACAUCCUGAACUUAUUGAUAUCUUAGUGGCAUUCGGUGCUGACUUGGAGAGAGGGGAAAGAGUAUACGGGUUCAAACCCAUACACUUGUUGAAUAAAUGCCGUCAAAAAUCAGAAUGUUUGCAAAAGUUGUUGGAUCACGGUGUGGAUAUCCACAGCAAAGAUUUUAUGGGCAAUACCCUCCUUCUCCGAAUGGUUUGUACGAGUCCUAACGAUGAACAGUUCUUGAGGAAACUAUUAAUGCUUGGCUUCGACCCUCACGAAGUCAAUGUUUUUGGAAACAACUGUCUCCAUUGUCUUGCCGAGGCUAGUUUCGUUGUUAGACCGGAAGUUAUUGCAGACAUAUUCCUCCAAUAUGGAACAGACAUCAAUGGCAAGAACAUCAUGUUUGACACUCCUCUACAUAUUGCCUUUGAACGUAGAAAUUUAAAACUAGUGGAGUUUUUAUUACAAGAAGGUGCCGAUAUAAAUUUGGUUAACAGAAUAGGAAACACUCCUUUUCAAAAUGUUUAUUCAAGAGAAGUACCUUUAAUCUUAGUUUUUAAAUUAUACGUGGCAUUUAUGAAGCAUUUUAUACUUAUGGAAAAACGCGAUGAACCUAUAAAUCCGAUAUUAACAAAACUUAUAGCGAUGGAUUUCAAUUUGAGAAGAAUAUACCAUUUUUUUAACGAUAAAUUACAAAGGUUGAAGAAAAAGGAAGUGUGUCAAAUGUUCCAUACUACUUAUUACGAUAUAUUAUGCCAAAGUGAUAAACAAGUGGCGAUAUAUCUCAGAAAUGCGGUAUUUUCGAAAUAUAUUUCGGGUCAACUUGAACAUUUGAAUUCAAUUUUUUCGUCAGAAAUUAAACAUAGGUACAGAAAAGUCAUGAUAUCUGUUCGAAAACAAGAAGAUUCUAUCAUGGUAUUGAGUAGGAUUGUCAAUCAUCGGCUACCGUAUGAUUGUGUUGAGAAAAUUGCCAGUUACCUAUCUCCAAAGGAUCUGAAAGGAUGGAAUAAAAAUGAUUUAAUAGAUAUAAAUAUUCCUGUUAGAAUACAAAAUAAUAAAAAAAGGAGAUGUAAGAAAUCAAGACAGCUGCCAUAAAUUUUCUGAAGUAGGCAAUUACUGUGAUAUUUAUGAUUUUUUUCAUUGUUUUUUAUAUUUUUUAAAUAUUGUUUUGUAUUUGUAUAUAUAUAUUUAUAAUUUUAUGAAUAUUUUAUAUGUGAAAGGUUAUUUGAAAAUGUAGGUAAUUUUCAGACCUCCAAAUAACAAGUGAUACUUGCUAAACUUUUCAAUAUAGGUUUUUGUAUAUA